GGGGCUCUCCCCGUCACGCAAACCAGCCGAGGAAGGAAAAUCUGAUAUUCGCGUCAUAAUAUCAGAGAAAGCAAUAUAGUUGGCUGGUUGGGAUUGAAUUGAUGGACUUGGUAUAUUAAAUUAAUUAAUUAAUUUUUGAUUUAUAUUUAUCAUUUUUUUUUAUUUUAUUUUCUUUACUUGGAGUACCUUAAAAUUCAGGUGAGCUAUCGACUCAGGCAAAGCUCUCCCUUUACGUUGCCCCCUCCUCUAUUCCCCCCUCUCGCUCUUCUUCCUUUCAAGUUUCUCCCUCUUCUUCCUCUUCUCCUCGAACUCUCUCCACACUCCCAUUCGCUGUCUACCGCAUUUGGUGGUCGUUCGGGUUAAACUUCACCUUCUUCACCUUCUUCACCUUCUUCACCUUCUUCACCUUCUCUUCUUCAUAAUUCUCAAUUUUUUUUUUUCAUAUUAUUUGGUUAUCUUUAUCCCAUUUAUCGAUCCCAUAGCGUCCUGUGAUUCGCCGUGUUGAAUAUCGAUCUAUCUUCCCUCUGCGUUUUGUCCGAUUUGCAGAUACCCGUCCACGUUGCUUUUUCCACCGCCAACAACCCACCUCCUUAUAACGCCCUGACCGUCGUCCAUUUGACAGUUCGCCCGCCGCGCAUCUCUCGUCGCCGCAAUUGCCCCCUUUGCUUCCUUAUAUCGCAAAUUCUGAAAGAAUGGCGACCGGUCCCGCUACCCAAUCUUUGAAGUGUGUAGUCACUGGUGACGGUGCUGUUGGAAAAACAUGUCUCCUGAUCUCUUACACAACUAACGCUUUCCCUGGGGAGUAUAUACCGACCGUAUUUGACAACUACACGGCUAGUGUGAUGGUAGAUGGCCGACCGAUUAGCCUAGGACUCUGGGAUACUGCUGGGCAGGAAGAUUAUGACCGACUUCGCCCGUUGUCCUAUCCGCAAACCGAUGUCUUUCUCAUCUGCUUCUCCAUCGUCAGCCCUCCGUCGUUCGACAAUGUCAAAGCUAAGUGGUUCCCAGAGAUUGAACACCACGCCCCCAAUGUCCCCAUUAUUCUGGUCGGGACGAAGCUCGACCUGAGAGACGACCGAGCGACGACAGACGCCCUUCGUCAACGAAAGAUGGAACCUGUUUCCUAUGAACAAGCCCUCGCCGUGGCCAAGGAAAUCCGUGCACACAAGUACCUCGAAUGUUCGGCUCUGACACAGCGUAAUCUGAAGAGCGUCUUCGACGAAGCUAUCCGUGCUGUUCUCAAUCCACGACCCGCCACAAAGCCGAAGAAGAGCAAAUGUUUGAUUCUGUAGAUCGAUUCUUAUAAUUUCCUCCCGACUAUAAUAUAAAGGACUAAUACGGCGUCUGGGUUGUUGGGGAAUUUAUUCCCUAUGAUGACUAUAUCUUUCAAUU